AAACGCAAGUAUACUUGCGAAACAUGCGGGAAAGGCUUUCGAAGGCCAAGCGGCCUAUCUGUACACAUGCGGUCGCACACGGGCGAAAAACCCUACGAAUGCACGCAUACAGGGUGCGGGAAACGUUUCAAAACCAAGUCUAACAUGAGACGCCACUGCCUUGCCCAUGACUCGUAUAACUCGAACAUAGCUGCGACAGUCGAAGCGUAA